GAAAAUUCGUAUUUGUAAACGAAAGUGAACGAAGGAUAAUAUCGUGAAGUCCAGUUCCAACAAAGCAGAAAAAAUGUCAAGAGAACGAGAUAGUAUGUAUCGUGGCAACAACAAUGAUUGUAGAAUCUAUGUUGGGAAUCUUCCUGAAGACUGCAGAGAACGGGAUGUCGAUGACAUAUUCUACAAAUAUGGAAAAAUUUCAGAUAUUCGUAUAAAGAGAGGUGACGUGGCCAGAGCCAGAAUGAGUCGACGAAGUGAAGUUUUAUCGUACGCAUUUGUUCAGUUUGAUGAUCCAAGAGAUGCUGAAGAUGCUGUAAGAGGAAGGGAUGGUUACGAAUUUGAUGGUAGGCGAAUACGUGUCGAGUUCACUAGAGGAAGUCAGAGUGGCCGACGUGAUAGCGGUCGCAGCCAUGGAAGUGGUCGCCCUAGCCGCGGAGUUCCACCAAGAAGAUCAAAUAACCGUGUUUUGGUCAAAGGUCUUCCUCCCACUGGUAGUUGGCAAGAUAUCAAAGAUCACAUGCGUGAUGCUGGGGAGGUACUUUAUGCUGAAGUCUACGGUGAUGGAUCUGGCAUUGUUGAAUUUGCUCACCCUGAUGAUGUCAAAUAUGCUGUUAAAAACUUGGACGACACAGAAUUUCGAUCUCAUGAAAACGAAACAAGCAGAGUUACCGUGAGAGAUGAUUCUGGAGGUAGUGGAAGGAAACGUAGUUAUUCACGUUCACAAAGUCGUUCAAGAAGUCGAUCACGAAAACGAUCACAAAGUCACACCAAAGACAAACGAAGAAGUAGAUCAAAGAGUAGAUCAAGAAGUAAAUCAGGAAGCAAAAGCCGUUCAAAGUCACCAUCUAACAGUCGUUCCAGAUCGCAAACACCUAGAGAUUAGAGACUCUGUUGUGCUAAAUAACCGCUGUGCUUUACUGACAAAUUUACAUAACUCUUGUUCUUGUUUAAAACUUUACAAUGACCCUCUUUAUAAUUCAGUUUUUUUUCUUGUUAAAAAACAUACCUUUAAAGAGAAAGGCAUAGUCAAAGAUCAAUUUGCAUAGGUCCUCCAUUAUCCUUGCUAUAAUCCUAUGCAUCCAUAUUAUACCAAUAGAAUUGAGUAUUAGUAGAAAUAUUAUCCAAGCUAAGUUGAAAA